CACAUCCGAGACUGCUACCGGACAUACGUAAUUCUUCCGUCGUUGCCUCCCCGCCUGGGAAUCUGGACAUGCGGCUCUGAGCUCGAAUACAACGACAACUUAUAUUUAUUUAUUUCAUUUCAUUUAUAUAUACUACUACGCUGCUCGCGUAGAUUAGGGCCCUAGCGGUCUUCCAUUCUAAUGAAUGAAUCAUUUGCUUUUUGACCGGUCCUCUGGCCGUAUUGGACCGAAUGUGUUUGCAAGGCUACAGACUACACAACUUUUACACUCGUUCGGACCAGCGCCGGGAUUCCGCUUUGAUGGCGGCGAGAGAGGUACGGCUGUUCGGGAUGAUGAGGAUGGUUCUGUAGCUGCCGAUCCGGCUUCUACGCUGUGGGCCCACCAAGCUGGUGUGAAUGCAUUGGCUCUUGAACGCUUCGAUGGUAGAAUCCUGGUAUCGGGAAGCUUGGAUGCUUCGAUAAAAAUAUGGGAUCUCGAACAAUGUGGCAAUCCCUCCAAGUCUCAUACCUACAAACCCGUCGCCCAAAUUACCCGCUCAAAUCGAGCCCAUAAAUUCGGCAUAACACAUCUAUCAUUCUACCCCUUCGACUCAGCAGCCUUUCUAUCUACAUCCUACGACCUGACGCUAAAAGUCUGGGCUACGGACCGAGCUAGUCUCUCAGCUUCCUUUAGCUUAGGCUCUAAAGUAUACACCCAUGCCAUCUCCCCCAUCGCCUCGCACCUACUAGUCGCCUGCGGGACGCAACACCCCGCCGUGCGUCUCAUAGACUUGCGCUCGGGAUCUAACGUGCAAUCCCUCUCCAGCAAUGCAGGCGCGAUCCUUGCGACAUCCUGGUCGCCGCGGCAUGAGCACGUUCUGGCUACCGGCAGCGUGAAUGGAGUCGUCAAUAUAUGGGAUAUCCGACGGGCCAGCGGGGUCAUCGGGAUGCUAGACAAGGAAGACAACCUAGGACUCUACUACAACGGGCUUCUAGACCGCAAUACGGGAAAAACUCGCUUCCGAGCGUCUGCGAAGGCGCACUCCGCUCCUGUUAAUGGACUCACGUGGACCGAUGAUGGAGCGUAUAUAGUGUCGGCGGGACAUGAUAGAAGGAUCCGCUGCUGGGACGCGGCGACGGGGAAGAAUACACUGGCGAGUUAUGGGCCGAGCAUUAGGAACAGUCAACUUGCGAGCGUGCCUAUGUUCACGUCGCCGGUGGGCUUAACGCACCCUGGGGAAGAACUCUUGUUUUGGCCGAAUGAGACGGAGAUAUUGGUUCUAGAUUUGCAUGAUGGACAUGUUAUUACGAAAUUACGAGGUACAGGACCAACGAUAUCGGGAGUCAGGUCUACAAACGGUUCACAGCGCACGGUUCGGAAUCGCAUUACGAGUAUUGUGUGGAGAGGGGCGGGAGGUGGUGGAGGCUCGAGUGGCGUAUGUAUGGGAGGGGGCAAUAUGGCGGGGGCGAUUUACAGCGCGCAUCUUGAUGGCCAGAUCAGGGCAUGGACGCCCAGACUGGAGGGGGACGAUGCAGAAGAUGAAGAUGAGGAUACGGUAGAUGGGAUUGGUGAGGAGAGGGCAAGGAAGAGGAAGGCACUAGAUGAUAUUUUUAGGGGUUUGAUGGGGAGAAAAAUUACUUUUACGUAAGGUAUCUAGCCUCUG